AUGGAGCGUCUUCUCAAACUCUCACAAUUCAAGCUUCAACUUCAUGCCCUAAUUUCCGACGUGAAUGAACUCAAAGAAAGAGAACGCAAAGCUUCUGAGCAGCUCCAACUUAUGGCCCAGAAGCAAAAGCAAACUGAGGAAGAAUUCAACAGAAAGUUGGGUGGACUAAGUGCGGAGUUGAGUUUGUCGAAUGAGUUAAGGCAGAAGCUAGAGAGAGAGGUGAAUGCACAUGAGGUGAGAUGUCUACGAAACGACAAUGAUUUGCUUGAGAUCCAGCAGAAAGAAAUGAAGGGAACCAUUAACAACAUACUUGAAUCAAGAGAAAGUUUCAUUAAGGCUUAUGAGGAUUCCACAUGUGAAAUGAGACGGGCUAUUGAAGCCAGGGAUAGAAAAAUUGAGGUUCUGUCUGAAAAGCUAAAAGCUCACUCCAUGUUGUUUGAUUCCAUUGAAAAGGAGGCUUCUUCCAUCAAGCAAAUUGUGGAAGACACACGCAAUGUUCUGAGUGCAAGAGAGGAAGUAGUUGCUGAGUUAAAGAGUAAAGUUGAUGAGGUUUCAACAUUUGAGAAACAAUUUGUAGAAAGGAUAAAUAACCUGGAAAGAGAAUUGAGGAACAAGGAACUUGAGCUUAGGAAGAGAGACAUGACUAUUCUGGGUCUGAAGUUGCAAGUUGAGGCAGCAGAUGUUAAAAGGGAAUUCCAACCAAAGAUUGAGGAGCUUCAGCAAGAUCUGUCUGUGAAGGAACUGAUCAUACAGAACUUAACAUCGGAGAACAAGGAAUUACAUUUUGAAGUGGCCAGUUUAGGUGUGGUCAUGAAGAAGAUCCAAGAUGCUCUCUCACGUAUGAAUGAAGAGGACAGAAAAACAUUAACUAUUGUGCUUGAAUGCCAAGAGGAGUAUGUAGCUAGUGAAAAGGGGGAAGCUUUAAGGGCAGAAGAUGAAGUUCAAAAUGGAGAAGAAAACCUCCAUAACAAGUCUUUUGUUACAAAGGACAAUACAACUUCACCAGAAUUUGAUGAGGGUUUAAAAAACAACUCCUUGAAGGAGGAUGGCAUGUCUGAUUCCUAUGUAUCAGAGGAUGAGCUUACAGCCUCGGCAACCCAUCUAAAUUCAGAGCCCUCAACAGCACAAGAAGAUAAGCCAUAAAUCUGUGAGAUUCAGUCUUCUAUCCAUUUCCCAAUUCGUGUUUUUAAGGUUAAUAUUACAUAUCAAGGAAUUUAUAUCAGAUCAUGGUAACAUAAAGUGUCUAGCAUGUACAUAGAGCUUUUGCCUGAUGCUUUGCCUACACUAGUAACCCCAGUAAAUCUCCUCCAUGCAUUCUGCAACCAUUUCUAUGUUUAGCUA